CACGCCUCCUACCAAAAUCACAGCCCCGUGGAGCCGGGGCUCUCAUUCACAGCUUUCGAGAGAAAUCUGAGCCGACCCUGCCAGCAUAGGGGAUCUCACCCACUCAACUCAGCAGCGAGGACACCUGCAGAAACACACUCCCAAAGCAAGGCUGAGCGGCCGUGUGAAGUUAGUAAUGGCUCCAGUUUUCCUUCUCUUUUGGAUGGCUACUACCACAUAGAAUCUGCAUGUCCUACUGCAUUCCAGGAACGCAAAAAGAAGAAGACCUUCGAUUUCUUGGUUUCAGAGUCAGCUUGGUAGUAAAACACAAAAUAAAACCAAACUGUUGUAUGGGUCACAAUCCUAGCAGAGUGUCAGGUGAAUGGGACCAGUUUCUCUUCUUCUCAAAGAUCAGAGGUUAAGCACUCAGGAAGGAGAUUUUGCCAAGAUGACCCAUCUACAGGCUGGACUCAGUCCAGAGACUAUAGAGAAAGCUCGCCUGGAACUAAAUGAAAACCCAGAUGUUUUGCAUCAAGACAUUCAGCAAGUCAGGGACAUGAUCAUCACCAGGCCUGACAUCGGGUUUUUACGUACAGAUGAUGCCUUCAUCCUCAGAUUUCUCCGAGCCAGGAAGUUUCACCAAGCAGAUGCCUUUAGACUCCUGGCUCAGUACUUCCAGUACCGCCAGCUAAACCUGGACAUGUUCAAAAACUUCAAAGCUGAUGACCCUGGCAUUAAGAGGGCUCUCAUUGAUGGAUUUCCUGGAGUGCUGGAAAACCGAGAUCACUAUGGCAGGAAGAUUCUUCUGUUGUUUGCUGCCAAUUGGGAUCAGAGUAGGAACUCCUUCACAGACAUCCUCCGUGCCAUCCUACUGUCUUUGGAAGUCCUUAUUGAAGAUCCAGAGCUUCAGAUCAAUGGUUUUAUUUUAAUUAUAGACUGGAGUAAUUUUUCCUUCAAACAAGCUUCCAAACUGACCCCGUCGAUCCUCAAACUGGCCAUUGAAGGGCUGCAGGACAGCUUUCCUGCCCGCUUUGGAGGAGUCCAUUUUGUCAACCAGCCUUGGUACAUCCAUGCCCUGUAUACGCUCAUCAAGCCAUUCCUUAAAGACAAAACCAGGAAGCGGAUCUUCCUGCAUGGAAACAAUUUAAACAGUCUUCACCAAUUAAUACAUCCUGAAUUUUUGCCCUCUGAGUUUGGAGGAACCCUUCCUCCCUAUGAUAUGGGGACUUGGGCCCGGACAUUACUUGGCCCUGACUACAGCGAUGAAAAUGACUAUACUCAUACUUCAUAUAAUGCAAUGCAUGUGAAACACACAUCCUCCAAUUUGGAAAGAGAAUGCUCACCAAAACCAAUGAAAAGAUCUCAGUCCGUGGUAGAAGCCGGGACCCUGAAGCACGAGGAGAAGGGAGAGAAUGAGAACACGCAGCCGCUGCUGGCUCUGGACUGAACCCAAGUCGCCCCUUCGCCCCUGCAUAUCGCCAGCCUUCAGUGGUGUCAGCCACCCCGGAAGCACAUGCGCCAUUGACCCACAUAGACACGUGCGUUCAGCUUGGCACCAGUCCUCACUUCUGCCACCCAGUAAAGACUGUCACCAGCUAUUGGUCGGAGCAGCCAAAUAAAGACUUGAGAGAGGCUUUUUUCCCCCCACCCCCCUCCAGUGAGGGGACUGGAGGAGGAAGCAAGGAAGGUAUUUAUGUAAACAAGAUUCCCCCUCCUCCCAUAUUUAUGGUACUACAUGAACUGAAAAAAAAGAAAAACUAAACCUGAUGCGUACACUGCAUUAAGACAAGGAUUUUCUUGAGGCACCGCAGCAGAGGCCCUCUCCGGUUUUGCAAUUUAAGAUUAAGUGCAUUUCCAAGUUGAUAUAUUAGAAUUAAGCUGUGCAGACAUGAUUGUCAAGUUUCAAUGUAGUGCAAAGCCCCAAGAUAAUAGUAUCUUCAGUGAUUUCCAUUCUCAUUAAAUUAUUUUCUUUGACCUCAUCACCAGCAUCAAAUUGAUCAGCCUAAAAGCAUGUUCUCGUAGGUCUGCCUAUUUGCAGAGUUUGCUUCUUUUGAUAUCCUGCAAAAAUGGUUUUGACAUCCCCUCUUUUGUCAGACCACCAGCUGAUAAUUGUGAGCUGUCUUGAAAAGACACACAACAUGAAAAAUGAUGAUUUUAUUGUAACAGUGUGACUUUCCCAUAGCCAAUGUGUGUCUGCAGGGGCAGGGGGUGGACCACUAAAAACACAUGUCAGUGAUUAAUGAAUCCAUUCAAGUUGCCUCACUUGGGUCACUACAGCAAAGAAAAGUGCUCGGAAAGCAUUUAACCCCCCACCCUCUUGCAACCACUUACCAAUGUGGAGAAAGGGUCUGGCUGAAAGGGUAGGUAUUAAUUAUGGGGGAAGAUCCUAAAGGAUGGUGAAAUAUGCAAGUGCUGAAAAUAGACUAAGAAUGCAGGAUGAAAUGCCAAAGAUCAUUUUAUUUCUGUGUCUAUUCUCCUUAGAAAUGGAGACCCCAACUAUUCAUUCAAAGGAAAUUAAAUUUAAAAUGAGCAGAUACCCUAGGAUAUUAUAUCCUUACUGUGUCAUGUUUCCCAAAACCGUUUUUUUCUUUUAAGAUGCUUAUUAUUCCCCCAUCCAUCUGCAUGAUAUGAACAUUUGUUAGUAUGACCAGUCGGUGCUCAAUGUCAAAUCAAAAUAUUUUAAUUGAAAAUGGACAGUAAAAUGUGACUUU